AUGUCAGCCUCCGUUAAUAACAUAGCCGCCGCCUUCUCCGCUUCGCGCAUGGUCGUACCAUCAGCUCCGGCGUUCUCAGCAUCGCCGUGUCAUCCGGCCUCGGCAGCGUUCUCCUCUACGGCCACGUCCUCCGGCGGCCUUGCAAUCUCCGUCUCAUGGAAUCCCCAUUUUACCCUACAGCGCUCCCGUUGCUCCUCCCUUCUUUCCAGCUACGGUCUGCCCGGUCCACGCCCUACCUCCUCCCUUCUCCGCCCCCCGGUUCCUUUGCAGCGCCGCCGUGGCGUGAUUGCCGUUGGCGACAGCCUCCCCUAUGCGAGUCUCUCCUACCUCGAAGACAACACUGUCCGUACCAUGUCCUCGGUCGAGCUCUCCCAAGGUGGGAAGGCCGUCAUCCUCGGCGUUCCCGCGGCCUUCACCCCACGCCGUUGGUGUCCCGGCAAGUUGACCGCGGAAGAAUUUGUCGGGAGAGCUGGUGAGAUGAAGGGGCGAGGCGCCGCAGUGGUAGCAUGUGUCUCUGUUAACGAUGUAUUCGUUAUGAGAGCUUGGGGGGAGAGCAUCGGCGCUUUCCCUUUGUUCGAUGGAAGAGCUGGCGUGAAGAUGCUGACUGAUCCCGACGCCGGAAUGGCGCGAGCGAUGGGAUUGGCGGCAGAUUUCACUGGGGGUGAGGAGGGCUUUGGCUUGCGGUCAGAUAACUACUGCGUUGUAGCUGCUGAUGGAAUUGUGAAGGCUUUAUUCAGGGAAGACAAUGGACUUGGGUUUGAUGAUGUGAUCAAGGCGAUAUAA